AACGUUUUAAUUGAUCCAAAAUUCUGUUUGGCUAGAGAGAGGAGCGAAGAUGAUAAAAGCUGUGAUGGUGAUGAACACUCAAGGCAAGCCUCGCCUUGCAAAAUUUUGCGAAUAUCUGCCAGUGGAGAAGCAGCAGGAGCUUAUACGCAGCGUUUUUGCAGUAGAGUUGAGAACAUAAGCAAUUUCAUAGAGGCGGAAGCAAUUUUUGGUCCGGAUAGUCGCCUUGUGUACAAGCAUUUUACUACUCUUUACUUUGUCUUUUUAUUUGAUAGUUCUGAAAAUGAAGUAGCCAUGCUUGACUUGAUACAAGUAUUUGUGGAGACCUUGGACAAAUGCUUCAAGAAUGUUUGUGAGCUUGACAUUGUUUUCAAUUACAGCAAGGUUAGAAGCUGCCUCAAAUGCCAUCACAGUCAUUCCGAAGUCUGCUUUUGGUUGGCGAAGGUUGUACGUUGGUGCAAUGCUCGAGUGAAGAGAUUUCGUUUUCAUAUUAGCCCACACAAUCAAGAGCUUUAAAUACAUGUAACAAGGUGCUUUACAUAGCACAUGCUCACACCAUUGAGUAUUGAUCCUGAUUUUUGCAAUUCCUUUAUGCCUUUACUCUCAGACCUCAAGUUAGGGUUUUGUAGACCUGUAGGCCUCGUAAUUCGUAUCAUUUUCAUGUAAAAUACUAUAUUCAUGUCAUAUUUUACAUGAAAAUCGCAUGUCAAAGUUCGUGUCAA